CAGCAUAAGAAGCUACGCAUUAUAAAGGUCAAAUAAACAUAAACAAAAUUCAUUACACAACAUGGAUCUGUAUCCAUCACUCGAUUUAAAGCCGUUCCCGAAAUUUUCGAGACCAGAAAUUUGUGGAGCUUUCUCUGUGGAUUCUAAUCUACGCUUUCAACAUGGAAUGGAGCAUCUAAAGUACUUGAGUAUACCAAAAAAAGUAGAUUUUGAUUUGAACAAUGGAGAGGAUAGCUAUGUAGAAAAACCGGAUGUUGACAACAAAAUCAAUCAUUUAUUGAAAUUCAUGACAGAUCAUGAGGAUGUAUUAAGGUCAAAUCAAUUCAAUUUUGUAUGCUUUCGAGGACUGUUGAGAAUGAUUAUGUGUACGCCGUACGAAUAUCGAGAAACAUGGAUCAUUUUGGCGACAAAGUUUAAAGGAACAAUUUAUUUAUGUGCUCAAGAAACUGAAGAGAAAAAGAAUGAAAAGUUGAGGAGAACGGAUAGAGAUAAAAGGUUUAUGAGGUAUGGACAUAAGUUUGAGAAUUACGUUUUCGCAAGUCAUCCACAUGGUGAAGCUCCUGGAAGUAACAAACAAGUUGUAGAGGCUGAAGAGUUUUGUACGAUGUUCAAUACAAAAAUAGGUGGAAUGUCUGUCCUUUAUGGUGCUGAAAUUGAUGGAGUGAUAUCCAAAGACAUUGUAGCUACGUUACCUGAAUUGAAGAAAGUUCCAUUAGUCGAAGUCAAGGUCAAACGAAGGGAAUCAAAUGAGAGGCAAAUACAAAACUUUUACAGAUAUAAAGCGAGGAAUUUCUGGUGUCAAUCAUUUCUAGUCGGUAUAGAUAAAGUUUUUGUAGGUUUAAGGAAUGACAACGGAAUCGUCAAUGAAGUCACUUCGUAUACACUCAAGGAAUUAUCUGAUCAAGCAAAACAAAAGAAUUAUUGGCACGGUACUGUGUGCAUGAACUUCCUUAAUGAUUUUCUUCACAAAGUCAUGCUCGAUAUGAAAGAUAUUGAUGAUCCUUACACAGUAUUUAAGUAUCAGUGGGAUGCGAGUAAAUGUGAUUAUGUUUCAUGUCAGAAAAUAUGUGAUAAAUCAUUCUGCUUCCUUACGAAUGAGUUUAUACAGUUUAUGAAUAAUUUAUGUUAAAUAAAGACGUUUGACUUGGUAAUCAGUUUAA